CUCUUGUACUGGGGAGCCCAGAACUGGACACAGUACUCCAGAUGAUUUGCAGAUGAUACAUGUGCAAGUGAUUCAAGUUUUUCCUACAAGAUGUGUUCCACGAAUCCAGCAAAUUGGAUAACCUUCGAUGAUGAGCCGCUCUUCCAGUCUCCUCAGAAAUCAGCUGAAAACCAGAGUAGUUGCAGAGCAAAUGGCCUUAAGCUCAAUCUCUCUAACGUGCCUGAACCCUCAAGUAGGUCAUCUUCUACAGGCAGCACUCCGCUCUCCUCUCCUGUAGUUGACUUUUACCUAAGUCCCGGACCCCCCAGUAACUCUCCACUUACCACACCUACCAGAGACUACCCAGGAAGUCCGUGUAUCCCCAAGGCUGGGAUCCAUAUCCUUUAUCCUGUUCCUGAAUGGCCAUCAAAAGGUAGUUUUCUCCCAUCACCUGGGGUAUGCGCUUCCUUAACUUCGCAGAAACUGAGCAGCCUUCCAGUGAACACCUUGACUGAUGAUAAUCCGGUUAAGAUUUUAGUCUCCAAAUCCAAAGAUGAAGGGAAUCCUAACCUGCAAGAAAGCUGUGAUGAGUUAGGAGAACCGUCAGAGCGCUUCCCGUACUUCCAGGAUGACUGUGCCUUUUCCAGUCCCUUUUGGAAAGACGGAUGUUUGCUCAGCACAUCAGCACCUAAUGUUAACACACAGAGAAAGGACAAAGCACUUGACAGAAAUGUUUGUCAUUCCAAGGAAAAAGAAACUUGCCAUGAUCAGAAGAGCCUUACUCAGGGUUCCUUCAGCUACGUCUGCGAAAGGCUUGAACACUUGCAAACUGAUAGCUCUGACACUGUGGGACGCCUACCCGCUGCCAGCGCGCAUGUGUGGCACAACCUCUCGUCUGCCAUUGCGCACGGUCUGUUCAGGAGUCAGAAAGCAGAUGGAUGGCCCUUCAUGCUGAGAAUUCCCGAGAAGAAGAAUAUGAUGUCAUCUCGGCAAUGGGGUCCUAUUUACCUUAAAGUCCUAGCUGGGGGUAUAUUACAAAUGUAUUAUGAAAAGGGCCUUGAGAAGCCUUUCAAAGAAUUCCAGCUGCAACCGCACUGUAAGCUUUCUGAACCCAAACUGGAGAGCUAUAGCGUUUCAGGAAAAAUCCAUACUGUGAAGAUUGAGUGCGUAUCUUACACAGAGAAAAGGAAGUAUCAUCCCAAAGUAGAAGUGAUCCAUGAACCAGAGGUUGAGCAGAUGUUAAAGUUAGGAACCACAGAUUAUAAUGACUUCACUGAUUUCCUUGUAGCAGUUGAGGAAGAGCUUAUGAAACUUCCCACCCCUUCUAAACAAAAAAGAAAUUAUGAAGAACAAGAAAUGACUCUAGAAAUAGUGGAUAACUUUUGGGGUAAAAUCACUAAAGCAGAAGGAAAACUUGUGGAAAGUGCUGUCAUCACACACAUUUAUUGUUUAUGUUUUGUGAAUGGAAGUACUGACUGCUUUUUAACUUUAAAUGAUCUAGAACUCCAGAAGAAGGAUGAACGUUACUUUGAGAAGGAGAAGGAGAAGAAAUGGAUUGGUAUUCUAGACUACCAUUUCCAUAACUGUGUUAAAACACAGGAAUUCAAGCAAUCACGAAUUAUUAAGUUUACACCUCCUGAUGCCUGUAGGCUGGAGCUAAUGCGUUUCAAGACACAGUAUAAUGGACAAGACCUUCCAUUUUCUGUGAAGGCUGCUGUCGUGGUUCAGGGAGCAUACAUAGAACUUCAGGCUUUUAUAAACAUGUCUUCAACUGCUCUGAUACCAACACGUUUACCUUCUAUGAAAUGCUGUGAAAAUGUUAUGAUACGAUUUCCAGUUCCUGCACAGUGGAUCAAAGCACUUUGGACCAUGAACCUCCAAAGACAGAAGUCCCUAAAAGCAAAAAUGAAUAGAAGAACAUGCCUUGGCUCUUUACAUGAGAUUGAAUCUGAUCCUGUAAUACAAGUCUCAGUUGGAACAGCAAAAUAUGAAAGUGCCUAUAGGGCUGUUGUGUGGAAGAUAGACAGGCUUCCAGAUAAAAACUCAAGUUCAGAUCAUCCACACAGUCUGUCUUACAAGCUAGAGCUCGGAUCAGACCAGGAAAUACCUUCUGACUGGUAUCCAUUUGCUACUGUGCAGUUUGUGAUUCACGAUGCCUGUGCCUCAGGAACGGAAGUGAAGUCUCUGGGCAUAGAGAGUGAUGUGCAGCCCCAGAAACAUGUGAUUCAGAAAGCUUUUUACAAUUGCCAGGUUGAAAUUGAAAAGAAGUGGAUUAGGCUUGAUGGAGAAGAUCCAGAUAAGGCUGGCAACUGCCUAAUGCAGUAAAAAAGGACAGCAGGCACCGUCAUGUAAUAUUAGUAGGAAUCAAUUUCCAUGGGAAAUUCUAUUGUUAGAAAAAGUGCAAUGACCUAGUUUGGGAUAAAUGCUGUCAUUGAAUUUUUUUAGUGCUUUUGGGUUUGAUUCUACAAAUCGGUACUCGUUUGGUUAGCUCUCAUUCAAGUAAACUUCCCGUUAUGGAAGUGCCAAUAUAAGUAACGUUGCCUUGUAAAGAUUUGUAGGAUGUGAGCACUUAAUUGACUGAUUGUAAUAUAUUUUUUUCUGUUGCAUAUCUAUGACAUGGGAGUGAUCUCAUACUCUGUAUUGAAAACUAAUGGCACUACUCAAAAGGGUUCACAUCACAUGGACAUGUAAUAUUCAGCAAUAAAAACUUCCAGAGUGCUUAUGUGCAGACCAGCAUCUGUGGAAGGCCCAGCAGGACCAAUUACACUUUUUAGUGGAGUUUGGAAAUCUAUAUCCCCCGUGUUUCUGCUUCCCUCGGUGUAUGUCGACAGAACAAGUCGUAAUAUUACUUUCUACUAGAGCCUCAAAUAAUGAGUAGAAACUGGGUGAUUUCAUUGGCGGAGUGGGAAAAGUUCCUCAGCAGUAAGAUUCCUCCUUUUUCUGUAGCUGUGAAUGUUUCCUCACCAGCAUUUUAUAGGUUUGCUCAUGUAAUCUCUUAGGCAAAAAAACAUACGGCAGAUGUGACUGAAAUUUCUGUGCCAGCAUUAGACAAAUCUUUUUCACUACUGCAGCAAGUGAAACCAGGGACAGAGCCUCAGCAAGCGUAAAUCAGUCUGGGUCUAUUAAACUUGAUGAAGCUUUGCUAAUUGACACCAGCAGAACUGAAAAAAAGGCCAGUCGCUACCAAUUGCUCUGGGCCUUCUUUAGGCCUCGAGUUCCAGAUGUUGGUUUGGAAAUCACAGGCCAUGUUGCAUUGUUGUUUUUGAGUAACUUCAAGUUAGAGGGCAUGUCUUUCCACGCAAGGAAGGUGAGAUUGUUUUCAUGCUCCUGGCUCUGAAGAGCUUUUUUUCUGUGGGGGAAGAACACCGGAAUAGACUAUUGCAAGGGAAGUGAAGCUGUGACACUUCAGCAGGCAACUUGAACUACUAAGCCCUAGCAAUAUGUUAACUGAUAUUGAACAUGUAUUGGAAUUUAGGGAAAGGUUUUAACAUUUUUCCGAAGCCGUUAUCCCCUUUGUCAUUUUCUUCAGGGUAUUAUUCCAGGUCUGAGAAAAAAAUGAUGAACUUAAAAAUGCUCCUGAGACUUUUUUGCUGCAAUUUUCCUGAAAUUAUCCCUACUUCAGACUGAAAUUAUUGGAGAAUAAAAAUACAGUAAUGCACUAAAUCUCACUUUAUAUUUUGUCACAGCUGUAACUGUUUAUAUGAACGCUGAGUAAAAAUACAGAUAAAUGUUAUUCCCCCAAAGUAGAAAUAUGUGGGAUAUGCCUUGAGAAAAUUAUCAAUCUGAGGAAACAGAAGGCCAUAAUAUGAACAUAGUUCGUCACAAUAAACUUUUCCCCCCAUUUAGAAGCUGAGAAUGAAAUGGGUAAUAGAUUCUAUACUAAAUCCUGAGGGUAAGUUUUUUAUGUGUAUCGCAUUACCACAGCCCCAAAUAGGCUGUGACGGUAUUUUGGCUUCUCUAUAUAUCCCAUUUUAUUAGCAGAUUAUAUUAUCAUAAAUCUAAGCAAAUGCUUUAGUAUAGUAGUGAUCCAAAUGUGUCUCAGAUGUUGCAUCUUCCAUACGUGUUUUGACUUGAGAAACAAUUGGCACCUUCAAGUCAUGUUCAAUUUUUUUAAUUCAUAUUUAAUUUUGGUUUAUUUAGUUCUCAGCUGAACUAGGUGACAUAGUGUACACUAGGGCAAAAUGUAUUUACUUAGUACCGUGGCAGAGCUCUGCAAUUCACUCAGCUCUGGUGUAACUAUGGAGUCACAAUAUCUAUUAACCUCUUUGCGCUCAGUAAGGCAGAGGAAGCAGACUGCUUAUACGUUUCAGUUCCCCGCACUAGCCUCUGUCUGAGGCUGUCGUGUCCGCUGACUUGUUUUGACUGACGUUAACACAGUUAAUUCAGUAAAUCUGUUAGCAGUGCUAAGCGUCCAAAGCGUAUCUUGCGUAUCAGGGCGUAUCAGGCCCAACUGGCCUCCGUCUUUCCUUUUUUUAAGUAAGAGGACGGUCAGUCUCUUCUGUGACUCUUCCAUCUCAGGAUCCCCCUUCUUUGCUUGUGUUUCCUGGGCGUUCGGUGCCUGGUAUCGUUACAGCUCCUACAGAAGCAGUGGCUGCUUUUAUUCUUUCCUUUUUCUGCUGUAUCUCAAGGUAGAAGCCCAUCUAGUGCUGUAGUUUCUUCUAGCUUGGUCCCAUAAAAUAGCGUCUAUUGCUUUGAAUGGCCGAAGUGAUGAACAGCCACGUUAUCCUCUUCUGUCCCGCUGGUGAGUCCGUAUUAUAUCUGGUAUGACGCAAGUGAUAACUCAGCCUUACUGAACUCAUUAACAUAAAAAGGUCAAGUUACGGCUAGAGCUAUGUAGCAGAAUCUUGGCUUUACAUCUGAGGCCUGCAAGGCUCUCCGUUUACGUUAAUGGGAAUUGGAUCAGGAUCACGGGGAAUUCACUCCAUAGAAAUAUUGCUACGCUGAAAGAAAGUUGCUCUGUUUCAUGCGUGAUUUUUAGUUUAAAUCUGACAAUUAGCACAGUCAAAGGUAGAAUUAAUUGCCCCGUUCAGCCUCAGACUGAUAUUUGUAUGCCUUGCUGUCAGAAUAUUUUAAAAAUAUGCUAGUUUCAUGAAAGAAAAAAUGGCGUUGUCUGACUUUUUUUCCUAUCAAAUUCUAACCUUCCCAUUUUAUUGCAACACACUAAAGCAGAAAUACCCUGGCUUCCCCUUUCUAAUGUUUCUUCUGCAUUCUCUCAGGUCCUUGAAUAUAGCCUAUUGAACAAAUAUUCCCAAUGUUUCAGCUUAUUUGCUGACAUUUUCUACAAAAGGUGCAGUAGGCGAUAGUGAGUAAAUGUAUUGGUUUUCAUUCUUUGGAAAUCUGAGUUAUAUGUAGUUUAACUGUGUUUGGGGCAGGGAAUGGAGAUGAGGAACAGUUGUUAUAAUCCGACGUGAUGCUCAGUGUCUAGCUAGCAGAAGCCCAGGACUGGAGCUCUAAAUGGCCCGUGAGGUGCGUUGGCACUGUGUGAGGAGCCAGGCUGAGUACAUGUCUGAUCUCUGCUUGCCUACUGCUUGGGCCUGCAGUCACUGAAAUUCUUCCAGCUAUGCUGGUCACUUAAAGUGCUGACGCUUACUAACAUUUACUAUAGGGCCGUAUUUAGAUAUUAUUUUUAAUAAGCACAGAGGAGCAGCAGGGUUCGGGAUAUUUUGUAUUUUGAACAGAAAUCAAUGAGAACAGCUAUUUUUGCAGUGUGACUUAUUUACUAAGUGUCGUAUUUGCUCAGACAAACUUUAUAUUUGCAUUAAUCUUUCUGAUACUAAUAGUAUUACUCUAUAUAAAUGGUAUAUAAAUGGUACUUGAUGUAAUUUUGGAUUCAAACACCCAUUGAAGUCAAUGGAAAUCUUUUAACUGACAAAAUGGGAUCUGCAUCAAAGUCUCUAAGAAUGAAGGAGAAGCAAAAAAAAAAAAAA